CUCAUAAUCCUUACUACAAACCUUACCAUAAUUUCUUUAGAGACCACUGAAGAGGGAAAAAAAAAAAAGAACCAUGAAAUACAAUGAGAUUUCCCAUUUCAGCCACCCCCAACACAUUCUAAAAUUUGAGUACACUGAAGUUCCAUUCAAAUGUGAUGGGUGCAAAGAAGUUGGCAUAGGCUCACGUUAUCGUUGUUCCUUCUGCGAUUUCGAUCUCCACAUGCACUGUACCGUACCAUCCCUUUCGAUUUCUCACCCUUUCUACACAAAAUGUUCCUUUCAGUUCCUCUCAAGGCCCCCUGGUGACACCCCUCGUUACUGCAAUGCCUGCGAAAAGGACGUUACUGGCUUCGUUUAUCAUUGCAAAACGUGUGGAUUCGAUCUACAUCCAUGUUGUGCAAAGCUACCAAUGGUGUUAGAUGAUGGAGAAGUGAAACUAUAUCUGUAUAGGAAGGUAAGAUCACCAUGUCAUAGAUGUGGUCGAAAAGGGAGGAGUUGGAGUUACCAGUCAGCUUGCAAAAAGUAUAACUUGCAUGUGGCGUGUGUUAGAGAAAUGUUAGUGGAGAAUUGGCAUGAAUUAUACUUCGGAGGUGGUAAAGGUUCCAGGAAAUUGCAGAGCCAAAUUCCGAGCUUGAAGAACACACUUCAAACCCCUCAUAAAAGGAGUAAAGGUAAGGUUAAGAAAUGUUGUGAAAUGGCUGCUUUGGCUUUGCAAUUCAUAAUCUCAGCUGUACUUGGUGAUCCAACCGCUCUUAUUGCUGGGGUUAUUGGAACUUUGAUGUCUAGAGCCUGAAAACAUUGUCUGGUUGAUGCACUAUAAUGUUGGUGCCUGUAAAACUAAAACCAAAUAUGACAUCCACAAUGUUUAUUUUAGUUUCUGUUGUGAAUAAAUUCUAUUUUCUUCAAA